GCAUCGCCACCUCGCCAGCAUUGACUUUCUCCCUCUCUCUCUCGCCUCGCUCAGUCACUCGCUCUCGCCCACUAGAUCGUCAGUCAGGCGGGAGUGUGUGAGAGCAACACUCGCUCUUCCCACGCAGCCGAAAUCUUUGUCUUGGUUCGAUGCUUUGUUUGUGUUCGAACUGAAUGGGAAUAUCGUACGCUACCCUGCUGGAAACGUACGCUGGGUUUGCGAGAAAGUAAAGUAGUGAAAUGAAGAAGAUUAUACGGUGAAAUUUGGAUAUGUUUAGUGAAAAGUAUCUGUUUAUGCUGAUGUUUUAGUUGUUGGGUGUUUUUUUUUUUUUUUUUUUUUGGUGUAUCGGUGUCUAAGUGUGUUUUUGGAAAUAUCGUACGCUGGCGGUGCAGGAAACGUACACUACAAGAUGAGUAAAGAGUAAAUAAAAACAAACGAACAACGAAAACAAAAGAAAACGCGAAAAAAGUAAAGAAUCAAGAAGCGAGACAUAUCCAAGAAGAAAAUACAAAAUACAACCGCUAUUAUUGUAUGUUCUAUCGGCUGUUUCUUCAUACAUCUUACUAUUCACCAGUUAUUUUUUUUUAUCUAUUUUAUUUCUUACUGGGUGCCAAUGAACGCCAGCCAAUAACAAUCCCAAUUCAUCAACAUGCGCAUACAAGUCUUUAUCGCUUGGUGGGUGUCUGUGGGGAUCGCCUGGGCCAACUACGACGAGUACAUGACGUGUGGCAGCGGCAACGAGAGGGAGCAACGCCUCUUACACCAACCUGAGCUGCCCUGCGACCUCAGCAAGGACAGUUGGUGUGAGAGUCCCGGCAAUCAGUAUCCAUGGGGAUCGGUGCGUCGCUUCGUGUACGAGAACCAGGGGCUGAUGAAGCGAAUGUACGGCAAUCAGCGGCACUACAGCGUCCUACGGGCUGAGCUGCUGAACGACCUCUAUGAUGAAAUGUUCGACGAGAUGAUAAAGCGGAUAUCAAAACCCCAAAAUCCCGCCGCGGCAUCCCCACCAUCGAGGUCUGCCAGAUACCGCAAGCCGUCCCAUCCUUCCAUCAACGCCCACGACUUGAAGGCAGGCGACAAGCGACCCCACAAUGGGCGGGCGAUGAAAGUGACAAUCCAGCCUCAGUAUAGCAGCGUGAGGCGCCAACACGCUGCCCCGAGGGCCAAGUCACGCCCCAAUGGAAGGAGGAAGGUAGCAGGGACUUCAAGAUUGCCUGUUUCAUCACAGACUCAAGGCACCACGACUUCUACCACUGCCAGCACGUCUCCUUCCCCCUCCUCCCCUUCCACCCCUAAGCGUACCACCACCACAACUACUACCACCACGUCUACCUCCACCUCACCUAUUACUGUUAGUGAGGUGCAGCCCACGACCACAACCACCACUGCCACCACGGGAGACGAUGCCCUAACCACAACGACUCUCUGGGGCGAGGAAGGACACGAAAGCCUGGGAACAGCAGCCUCCAGCUACCCCACAGACCAUCUCUUCGAGGAGACGCAGGCCACGCUACUCCCUCCAGAAGACGAGGACUGGGAGAGCACCUGGACCACCCUCUCUGAUCCCUCCUCCACCGAUCCUUCCAGUGCCUUCCCCACCGUGUUUUCAGAGGGUGAGGAGGAAAGCUAUGCCUCCUUUACUGCGCCUGAGACCUCUUCCCCUGCACCACCAACCACCCAGCACGACCUGUCCUUAGGGGCUGAGGGAGAGGAGGUGGAUGAUGGCAGCCUCUUCACUGAGGAUUUCAACUCCAUUCCACUUGACACGGACGACCUCACAACCCUCACGCUUGGGGAAAGACUCGAGGAUGAAGGGACGGAUUACGACAAGGAUGAGAUUGAUCUGGGAAUAGAGGAAGUUUUAAAUGAGGGCAAGAGGAGAAGUGAAGUCAAGCAGACGCAGGAUCAAGCAGAGGAGGUGAAGAGUGAGGACCUGAAGGCAGAGACGAGGCAGCAGGUGGAUGAGCUGAGGGUGGAUGGGAACGUGAGGCAGGAAGUCAAGAUGGAGACGUCACCCCCAGAGACUGUCAGGAUCAGAAAGCCUGUCAAGGGAAUAAAUGCCUGCCCGGUGGAGGAGGAGUUUGUGGCUCCGUACUGGGCCAACAACACGCAGGGGAAAACCUUGGCGCUGCUCAACCAGUACCCCUUCGAACAGUACAUCCAGUGGGAGCGGUGCAAACACGAGCACCGCCAGUGGUAUUGUCGGCAUGGGUGUCGGUGUGAGCAGCAGUACCGCCUCCACAAACUCCUCGCCUUUGACCCAACCAAUGAGUGCAGAGGAAUAUUCAGUGACUGGUUCCGCUUCCCUUCAUUCUGCGUGUGCAAGUGUUACGACCUGCACAUGUUCACUUCCUCCUCAAGAAUGGGUCGCCUCAACCCGGAUGAUGAAGAAGAGGAUGAUUAUGAUGAAGAAUAUGAUGACUACUUUGAUGAUGGAGAGGAGGAGGAAGACUAUGAAUUAGAAGAGGAGGAGGAGGAAGAGCUAAUAGAAGAGAAGGAAGAAGAAGAAGUAGAGCCCAAAGAACAACAACCAGAUCAAAUAAAAGCAAGAGUGUGGAAAGAAGAAGAAGAACAAAACAACUCAUAUUAUUAUUACCGUUCCCGACCCAGCUCCCCACUGGCCAACAUCCCUCCCCAGCGGCGCCCCAGGCCACCACAGCGUCCAUACUCCCACAUCUCCCCUCCCAGCCACACCCUAGAGGCUCCGUCACACACCUUCACCCCUCCUUCACCUCAGCCUCUCCCUGCAACACAAGCCCCGGAAACCACAACACUUGGAACACUUGAUGCUGCUACACCACACUACUACUACAACUUGACUAACUACGCGCGUAUCCUCUUCAGCAAGGGACAGCCACUGGGCCUCUCCAGGGUGCCGAGGAGCCCAGAGGAGUGAGGAGCUAGUCUGAUGUCAUGGCAUAGUCUUGGAAAACUUGCCUGGGAUUUGUUAUCAUUGGAAAACAUUGGCUCAGGGCAGUGUUAACAUGUGAUAUGAUAGUGGUGGUGAAUAACAGUCCAAAGAGAGCAAGGAUGAUGAUGAUAGUGAAGAAAGUAAAUAUGGGAAUUAGCUGUAGACUGUGGAGUGAUGAGAGAUGGUGUUGUCAAGGGCAGCACACACCAUUCUUCCUUUGCCCAUCCUGUAACAUUGACAGGGAGGGGAGAGGAGAGAGGCCUGGCCGUGAAUGAGAGACAUCAUGACACAAAAUGACCCAAUAUCAAAAAUAAUGAAUAGAAGCAAUAUAUAUUUUCAGCUGCUUGUGUAUAUACAACUAAAUCUGCAGGUCAGAAUUAUAAAGUAUCAUAUUUUUAUACUAAACCAACUGAAGUGAGAGAGAAACAAGUGUUCUCAAUGCUAUUUAUCAGUGUGGGUUUGCAGGUGUUCAAACCUUACGGUAAUUAAUCUAUUUAUGUAUUUACAUAUUUAUCACAUUGUUAGUGCACUCAGUAAUGGAGGCUUGUCUUAUAUUUUUGUAGUGAUGGAGCUGGCAUCCGUCUGUACAACUAUUUAUACUGUGUGUAUGUGUGUGUGUGUGUGUGUACAUGCCCAUUGUGUUGUUACCAUAGGUUAGGCCUGUAGAAUUAUUAACACUGUGUGGACCGGUUCACUACCUACAUAAACCAAUGCGAGAGAGUAUAAUAAUGGUCACAGCCUAUUUAGUGUUAAAAAUGGGAAGGCCUCAGAGAUGUACAUUAAAAAACACAAUAAUUCA